GAGCGGGGGGAUGAGCGGGAUGAUGGGGGUCGGUUAUGAUGAGAGUGGCCUGAUGGGAGGUGCGGAUUAUUCGGGCAUGAUGGACGCAGGGCAGAUGGGCAUGAUGGGAAGCAACAUGGCAGGGCCGAGAGGGCAUGGCGCAGCAGGUCCCACAUUCGCGGACUCGCCCUUCUUUGCGCGCCUCUGUCGCACGCGCCCCUCCCCAUCGCCGCUCUCCCCUCUCGCCCGCCGUCGCACCACAUCCCUUAACGCCGCUUUCGGCUCUCAACUCGCGGCGGCUGCAGCCGCCCACACCGCCGCUGCAGGCGCAGGGGGGGGGGCAGGCGGAGCGGGGGGAAUGGGGCAGGCAUGGGGAAUGAUCGCGGAAGGGGAAGGGGGCCUGGAUGGGGGAGGGGACCUCUCCCCCACACGCGCUGCUGCUCUUGCCCAUGCUGCUGCGGCUGCUGCAGCCGCUGCUGCAGCAGCAGGGACAGGUCCAGGGGCAGGGAUGGGGGUAGGAGGAGGAGGAGGAGGCGUGGGAGGGGGCAUGGGAGGCAUGGGAGGCAUGGGAGGCAUGGGAGUAGGUGGGGUCCCGGGGUAUAAUCUAAAUGUGCUUGGUAUGAAUGCGCGUGAAUUAGCCAACACGCUAGCUCGCACGUCCAGCGCGCCCCCUCUGGGCAAUCUAACCGAGCUGGAGCAGAUGUGCCUGGCUGUGGAGGCAUCCGCGCAAGGAAACCCUAACGCCGCCGCUGCAGCCCUUGCUGCAGCCAGCGCGGCCAGCAUGGGCAGUAACUCCGCGGCUGCUGCUGCUGCCGCUGCUGUUGCUGCUGCUGCCCCACCUGGAGGGGGAUCGGGAUCAGGCCAUCUGUCCGCCGCAGCCACGUCAGCAGCCAUCGCAGCCUUGGCAGGGGGCAAGGGCGCAGCAGCACAGCUAUUGCAAGGCUACCCCCCCUGGGGGGUGGGGGGCGGGCCAGGCGGAAUGGCGGGGCUAGCAGGCGGCGCAGGGGGGCGCAUGGGGCUGGGCGCACAGGUGUCGUCACUGCAGCGGACGUCCAGCGGGGGGAGAGAGGUGGACAGGCGGGCUAUGCUGUGGAAAGCACUGGGGGGAGGGGGAGGGGGGGCGAGUGCGACGAGUGGCGGCCAGUCGAGCAGUGGGGCGAGUUCGUUGGUGAGCGUGGGGGAGGAGAACAGCGCUGGGGGACAGUUGGAGCAGCAGCAGCAGCACCAACAGCAGCAGCAGCAGCAUAGGAAGAAGAUUGGGGGGCCAGCGCUGCAUAAUCAGCUGUCGAGAACGAGCAGCUGCCCGCCCUUGAAGCAAGGCCAAGGCCUCGCUGCUGCCAUGGCCGAGAUACCCGGGGAGGCGGACAUGCUGCAGGCGCUGCUGAACCGCAAGAGGCGCCGCCUGCCCGCCACUGCAUCCGAUGUCAUGGCGCACAUGGGGCAGGAGAGGGAGGUGGUGCAUGUACGGGCGAGGAGGGGGCAAGCAACGGACAGCCACAGCAUUGCAGAGAGGAUGCGGAGAGAGAAGAUCAGCGAUCGCAUGAAGGUGCUGCAGGCCCUUGUCCCCAGCUGUGCCAAGGUGACUGGCAAGGCCAUGAUGCUGGACGAGAUCAUCAACUACGUGCGCUCGCUGCAGCUACAGGUCGAGCUGCUGUCUAGCAAGCUCGCAGCAAUGGAUUAUGGCAACCUCGCCUCCCUUGGCGACCCCUCUGCGUUUGAGGACAUGCCUGAUGAGGAAGCGGAGGCAGCAGCAGCAGCGGCAGCAGCCACCGCCAUUGCAGCAGCAGCACUGGCGGCAGGGGGAGCAGGCGGGGGCGCAUUGGGAGGAGGCAGGCGGCUGGAGGGCGCGCGGGGGAGUGGGGAGAUGUCAAGCGCAGGGGGGAACGGGGCUGGAUGGAAGGAUGAAGGGCUGAUGAAAGCAGGGGGUGGAGAAGGCGCAGGAGGAGCGGGGGGAGGGGAUGGGAGUGAGGCGGGAGCAGGAGUGGGGAAGGACGCCUCUAGUGGUAACCAUGACUUGCUGGCUCAGUAUUUCCGUCAGCAGGGGCCCAAGGAAGGGCAGACGGGGAGUGGAGGGAGCGGAGCCGCUGCUGCUGGUGCUGCUGUUUCAGGCGGCAGCCAUGGCGGAGGGGGUGGAGGAGGAGAGGGUAGAGCAGAUGCAGGGGGAGAGCACAAGGGGGGUUGGAAUAAUGUGAAGGAAGAGGUGGUUAUGGAAGGGGGGUCGGUGAAUGUGGAGGGUAGGGUGAGGGGGGGAGCAGAGGGAGCGGAAGGGCAGGAGGUGAUGGGCCCGCUGGGGGUGGCGGCCCAGUUCGAAGGGCUGGAUGAGGACGGGGAGAUGCUAAUGGAUAUGCUCUUAGCGAGGAUGAGUGGUGGUCUGCAGGAUCUUUCGCUGCAGGUGUCGCUUUCCAACUCCCUGGCUGCAGCUGCUGCUGCCAAUGCCACUGCUGCCACUGCUGGGACUGCUGGGACUGCUCCUGCUGCUUCUGCAGCAGCAGCAGCGGCAGCAGCAGGCGAAGCAGGAUUGCCAGAGUCCAAUCAGAACGCGGAUGGCACAUCAGCUGAUUGAUGACCAUUCGACCACAACGCACAUCACUGGCCCAGCACCCCAAGCCAUCUCCCCUUCGCUUGGUCUUGGCUGACCCUCUCUAGCCCCCACAUGAUGAGGGGCUUGACUUGACGGCUAUCUAGCUACAGAGGCCUCACCACCUGGAGAUAUUUUUCUUUAUUUAUGAACAUGACUGACAGGUCGCAUAUCUAUUGCGCUUCUAUCAUUUUCGAUUAUGUGUUGACUGGUACGUAGCGAUUAUUAGGGAUCCUGCAGCUGAGGCUGCCGUAGCGAUUAUUUGGCUAUGAUAGUUUUUUUAUUCAUAUUUAUUUUGGCA